AUGUUCUACCACGAUAUGUGGUUCUACGGUACUUAUUAAUUAUUAAUUACAAAAGAAACGUAGACAACAGUGAAAGAAUAUCUAAGUAAAGUCUGAUUUAGUGUAUCUAUCGAUCAGUCGACUUGCAUCCGCAUUUUGUCGCAUUUCUAAAAUUAAACAUGGGGUUGAACGCCGCUGUGUUUCUGUUCGGUAGCUACCAUCAUGAGCACAAAACAGCCGCUCGAAAAAGUUAGUCUUAGAGAAAGAAGAACGGGUUGCAGUCUAAAAAGGCCAGCUCAUAGUUAUUUUAAGAAACAUUGAAACAAACACAGAUACAAAGACCGGAUACUCUUACCGGGUUUAUCAAAACUCGAAUAGCACGUGCUAUUAUAGAUAGCGAUAGAACAUAGGCAUGGAGAGCCCUGUAGAUAGUGCCAUUCAGGUCGAAAAAGUCUCACUUUGGCGUGCUACUCGGGAAAUAUUUCGGGAUUCCCGAUCAACAUUAAAAUAUGUUUUGAAUGAGUGUCCUGCAUCUUGGCGAACGAUUCGAUCGGGUAUGUCAUGGUGUUGUUUGCUCCUCAUCAUCAAUGGAGCUUUUUGGCUGUUUGGUGGACUUCUCUUUGCUUCGUUAGAAGGCUGGCACGAAAGUCGCUACAAGUGUGGAGCCUUGCGCAUCCGGCGUCACUUCAUUGAAGAAUUAUGGGAACAGUCUGCAAUAUUACCCGAAGACGAAUGGAGAGAGUUGGCCCGUCAACGGCUGAUUGAUUUUGAAGACCAGCUUCAUGAAGCUUUCAGCGCUGGUCUCACUUCUUACACAGGAAAAAGAACUUGGGGUUUUUGGGAUGCCGUCGCAUUUAGCAUGACGACAGUAUCUACAAUUGGAUAUGGCCAUAUAGUGCCAGUUACGUGGCUUGGACGAAUGAUUACUAUUUGCUACUCCACUUUUGGAAUUCCUCUAUUUCUUAUUUUGUUGGCUGAAAGUGGGUUACUUCUGACAAGAAUAUUGAAACUCUCAUGGGUUUAUAUUGUCAGAUUUGGGGCAACUCCCUCAGGAAAGAGAAUUUGCCACUCAAAACUUAUCAAUAAUUUGUUGAGGUUAAUACAUAACACAAUCAACAAAAUUUUUGAACAAGGAAAAUCAAAAAGGCUGGUUGGGCCACUGUUUGAAACUUUUCAAGGAAUCUACAAUAAUGCCAUCAACAGUGUUAAUACUUCCAGAACCUUCUCUGUUGAUGACCAGUUUGACAUUUCAGCACUAGUAGCCAUCUGCCUUCUUUUUCUUUAUCUUCUCUGGGGAUCCAUCCUUUUUUUCUUAAGUGAAGACUGGUCUCCUUUAGAAGCCUUUUACUUUGUUUACAUAACAUUGACAACAAUUGGAUUUGGUGACUAUGUACCACAACAUCCUCUUGCUCUUUUGACAAGUGUUGUAUACAUUAUUUUCGGUCUUGCUCUCACAGGGCUCUGCCUUAACACCAUUCAGGGCGAACUAUUGAGAAAAAGUGACAAUGUGCGCGGCAAACUUUGUGCGUUACUAGGACUUCAGUUAAAUUGUAACGAAGUUGUGGACCUCGGAUGCCCUGGCAGUGAAAUAUUUUUGCCUGCUGAAACCUCUUUCCCAUCUGAACCAGUUCCUUUGCCAUCUGAAAAAGUUCCUUUGCCAUCUGAAAUGCCUUUUCAAUCUGAGGAAACAGAUCCUAUACAAUUAGAAACUACAGAAAUAGAGAAGAAGGACCAGUAAAAGUUACCAUCAUCUAGUUUCAUAAAACUUUCCUUUUAUUUAAUGUGUUUGAACUUUGAAGCAUGGCUUUAAUUUGUUAUGAAAAAAAAUGCCAUUUUUUUUGUCUUAAUUGUGUGUACUGAAGCAUACAUAGUUACACACAUAA